AGACCCGGAUACUUCACAGCAUAAGGGAUUGCCCAAAAUUCCAUCAAGCAUUCUCAAGACGUUAGAUUUUUGCGACCACUAGUCCCUCAGACGUUAAGAUAUUACAAGACAACAAAAUGGCCCUUGACAAGAAACCAGCGCCACAAAUGGUUCAAAGUGCCGUGGCCCUGUUUCAGGGUGCAAAGGGAUAUCCGGAACGGCCUGAAGACAAAGCCCAGCCAUGGAAGAAGUGGUUUAACCCCGAGCCUCAGUCCGACAAUCCCGUGGUUGUGUUGGUUCCCUCAAAGUACGACUUCGGCUCGGCCAACCUGGGCGGGUUCUAACCUACCUUGGACUGAAUAUGCCAGGUCUCUUCCAGUCAGAUCUUGGAAUUGCUGCAAACACAGUGGGGGGGUUUUUUUUUUUUUUUUGGGGGGGGGGGGGGGGGCUGUGAACUUUAGCUUCGUACGAUGAUGGAUUUCAAGGGGCGAUGGGAUCUGUGUUUUCGUAGCUUAACAUGAUCUAUUGCUGAACCAAUUUCCC